AUGCCUCGUUUUACUGUCCACAUCCGAGAUGAGUGGCUGGCAGUGCCCUGCCGGGAUGCCAACAACACCAUCCGCUGGCUGGGACACGAAGCUCUUAAACGUUACGUAAAGAAUAAACCUGACAACGGCGGCAUCAAGGCUGUAAAGGACACUCGUUUUGUUAUACGCAGGUGCCAGAGUUUGGGUUUGUUGGACGCGGAUGACACCAUCGAGGAUGUACUGGAAGAUAAUGACUUUGUCGAGCUUGCUAUUGAAGGUGACACCAUGUCUCCUGACUUCAUCCCAUGUGAGCCUGGAGUUUCUCAUCUCACAGCAGCAUACAGAGAACCAGCAGACUAUAUUUCCCUGGACGGCAACAGUCUGACAUCGACAGAUCUGGUCAACUUAGGAAGAGGACUCUACAAGAUAAAGCUGACUUUGGAGGCAGAAAAAAAAGUUGUGCAAUCCAGAGAGCUUUUGGACACCAUUGUCAAAGAAAACAAAGUUGUCUAUGGAAUCACAACAGGUUUUGGCAAAUUUGCCCGAACAGUCAUUCCUGUCAGCAAGCUCAAGGAGCUGCAGGAGAACUUGGUGCGAUCGCACUCAGCAGGUGUGGGAAACCCACUGAGUCCAGAAAGAACCCGCAUGCUGCUCGCUCUGAGGAUCAAUGUACUGGCCAAAGGGCACAGUGGAAUUUCUCUGGAAACCCUUCAUGCCAUGAUCCAAGCCUUCAACGCCUCCUGCCUCUCCUUUGUCCCAGAGAAGGGAACAGUGGGUGCUAGUGGAGACCUCGCACCCCUUUCUCACCUGGCCCUGGGGCUGAUGGGAGAGGGCAGAAUGUGGUCUCCCAAGAGCGGAUGGGCAGAUGCCAGAUAUGUCCUGGAGGCCCACGGACUGAAGCCAAUAUCACUAAAGCCUAAAGAGGGUCUUGCUUUGAUCAAUGGGACCCAGAUGAUAACCUCUCUGGGGGCAGAGGCUGUGGAGCGAGCCCAGGCGAUCGCUCGGCAGGCAGACAUCAUUGCUGCUCUGACCCUGGAGGUGCUAAAGGGAACCACCAAGGCCUUUGACAGUGACAUCCACACGCUGCGUCCCCACCCUGGACAGAUCGAGGUGGCCCAACGCUUCCGCUCGCUGCUGGACUCUGACCAUCAUCCAUCCCAGAUUGCAGAGAGCCACCGGUUCUGUGACAGAGUCCAGGAUGCCUACACCAUGCGAUGUUGUCCUCAGGUCCAUGGAGUCGCCAAUGACACAAUAAAAUUCGUACAGAACAUCAUCAAUACAGAAAUCAACAGUGCCACUGACAAUCCUAUGGUAUUUGCUGAAAGAGGUGAGACCAUUUCAGGUGGGAAUUUCCAUGGUGAAUACCCAGCAAAGGCUUUGGACUUUUUAGCCAUUGCAGUCCAUGAGCUGGCCUCUAUCAGUGAGAGGAGGACUGAAAGGUUGUGUAACCCCUCUCUGAGUGAGCUGCCUGCCUUCCUUGUCAACGAGGGAGGACUCAACUCAGGCUUCAUGAUUGCUCAUUGCACGGCUGCUGCUUUGGUUUCAGAAAACAAAGUUUUGUGUCAUCCAUCCUCUGUGGACUCCUUGUCCACCAGUGCUGCCACAGAGGAUCAUGUGUCCAUGGGAGGCUGGGCUGCUAGGAAGGCCCUGAGGGUUGUGGAGCAUGUGGAGCAAGUUCUUGCUAUAGAGCUGCUGGCAGCCUGUCAGGGUAUUGAGUUCCUCCGCCCACUUCGUACCACCACUCCAUUGGAGAGGGUCUAUGAACUUGUGCGCAGUGUGGUCAAACCAUGGAUCAAAGACAGAUUCAUGUCACCAGACAUUGAAGCUGUUCAUCGUCUUCUACUCGACCAAAAGGUGUGGAAUGUGGCCAAACCUUAUAUUGACAAGUAUCAGACAGAGUACAUCCCCGAGUCCCGUCCCAUAUCUCCUACUGCCUUCUCUCUGGAGUCUCCAGCAUCACCGAGGAAGCGUGUUCGUCAUGAGUGA